AUGGCGAGCGCGGUGUGCGCGUGGCGCCCGCGAACGGGCUCGGGCUCGGGGGCGUCGUCGCGGUCGAGCGUGAGCGAGUACGUGGCGCUGAGACGAUUUUUGUUCGAAGAGCUCAACGUCGCGGCGAGUAAAAAGUCUGGACACGCGCUCACGAUGGCGGUGAUGCGGCGGACGACGCCGGAGGGAGGGCUGGGGCUGGGGGUGACGACGGAGGAGGCGCGACGGUGCCCGGAGGAGUUUUACGCGGUGGUGUUUAAGAAUCCAGAGCGCCGAGCCGUGGUGGCGCGCGGGCGGGACGGCGUCGGCGUCGGAGGGGUGAACGGCGAUAAUGCGGACGACGCCGAGGACGGUGGGGAGCGAUCGACGUUCACGUGCGAUCAGGAGGCGGUUCGUGAGUUCAUGAGCGCCCCGGCGGCGCGGUUCCAUCGAGCGGCACACACGUACGUCGUGGCGGGAGACGCGUUCGAUGCGGGCGACUUCCGUGUGCGAAUUUGUCGCGUCGAAACCAACUCGGGGGCGUACGUGGGGACGAUUUUAGACGUCACCUAUAACGCGACGAGCGACGCGGCGACCGCGAGACGGGCGCUCGAAGAGUACGCCGCGUACGCUACGGCGGCGGCGAACGCGCGCGCCGAGAGCGACGACCAACGAGGCGACUUCGUCUGGGUCGACCUCCGAUCGAGCUGCCCUGCGGACGUGUACAGGGCGAAAGCCGGAGACUUGCAGCGCGCGAUUAGCUACGUCGACGCCUUGCGCGAGCUCAGGAGAUAG